AUGAGCGGGUACGGUAUGUCGAGCGGUGGGGACACAGACACGCUGUCUCGAAGGCUGCGUGAGGCGGAGCGUGCUCGGGCUGAUGCUGAGAGAGCUCACGCGGACGCACUGGCACACCUUCGGGCGGCACAACGCACGCCUCACGACUCACACAACGUAGAACAGUUGCAAUCUAGAGUUAGAGAACUAGAGAAAAAGGCGGCAUUAGAAACGGUUCGUUGCGAAGAACUGCAGUUGGAGCUGUCGGCAGCGAUGCGUGCUCGUGGCACUACAACCACGGCAACCUGGUCGACGCCUGUUACUCAGCCAGCUUCUGAAAUAGAGAGAAUUAUGGCUAAAAUCGAACAAGAUAACCGGAUUUUAGCUGAAUUGGAACAUUCUAGAUCAACAACUCACGGAAUCCAAACAAGCGGAUCUAAUCAAGCGUUGGGAGAGUUUCAGUCGCCGACACCUUCUCCUUUGCCUCACUCCUAUACAAGCACCUCUGGCCACGUGGUGCUCUGUCAGAGCAACACCAUGCCUACCCUCUCUUCUCUACACAACACUUCCCACUUCACCGCUCCCAGCUCUAAUACAGUGGCGUAUUCUAUGAGUGCUCAUAAUCCUACUUCCUAUUCCAAUCCAGUCCCCGCUACUUACGGUCUGUCUAACGCUCAUCAAGUUACUUUCACGAAUCCUGUAACUGCUCCUCUCGUAAACAAUAUAAGUCAAAUUUCGAGCACUCUUGCCGGGCUUCAAUCUAAUUUACAAAAUAUCACUGGCAAUAUGUCCGGGAUGAAUUUGGGUAGCACAUUAGUCGGCCCAGCGAUUAGUGGUACCUUAACAGGAGCAGGACUUUCUAGCUGUCUUAAUAAUCAGCAAACAAAUUUAUCUGGAGGUCUUACAAGUACUCUUGCUGGAAUUCAAUCAAAUUUGAGUGGUUCAUUAGGAAACCCACUAUCUAAUCUCACAGGAACUGGACAAAUCGGAAAUCUUAAUACAAGUUUGACGGGCACAAAUGCAUAUGGAACGGGCGUAGGGACUUACACGAAUCCAUUGCUAUCCGGUGGGUUAGGAACAAACACAAUGAAUAUUAAACUAAAACCCAUUGAUGAAAUAGACCUUGGCUUAAGCAGAUAUGGCACUAAUCCGCCUCUGGUUAGAGCCACUACACCUGUAACACCGCACCAACCCUCUUGGAAUUUAGGAUUAGAUAGCCAAUUUGGAACUGAUAGAAUAGGAAAUAUGGACACCUUUAUUCACGAUCGAGGUCCGAGAGCCAUAAGACUUUUACCAAAUAAUAUGUUGGACGUAGAUGUCCGAAACACGCAUUACAUGAAUGGAGGCGCACCCACUGAGCCACAAGUUGACAUGCUAGACAUUCCAGGAAAAGGUCGUUGCUGUGUUUAUAUCGCUCGAUUCUCCUAUGAUCCGCCAGAGCGUCUUUUUAGUGUCGAGACCUCGGAAGGAGAAUUAUCUAUUUGCACCGGAGACUAUUUGCUGGUUUGGGGUCCACCAGAUCCGAAUGCAACAAUGCUUGAUGCUGAGCUGUUAGACGGUCGUCGAGGUCUUGUUCCAGCAAACUUUGUACAACGUUUAGUUGGUGACGAUCUCUUAGAAUUUCAUCAAGCCGUUGUAGCUACUUUACGAGAUGCCGAUGAAACUGCUACAACAGCAAUAAGUGACAUGUCGCUCAGUAGGGAUGUGGCUCGUCUCAGUGAAAUGGCUGAUAUAAGCGAUGGUCCAGAAGAUGAUGACAAUGUGCCGGCGCCGCGGCAGCUGACUUUGGAGCGGCAACUCAACAAGUCCGUGCUCAUCGGCUGGACAGCGCCCGAGGGUGUGCAACAAGCCAACAUCGACAGCUACCAUGUGUACGUCGACGGCGUGCUCAAAACAACAGUCAAGGCAACCGAGCGAACUCGUGCCUUGGUCGAAGGAGUAGAUGCGAAUCGACCACAUCGCAUUAGCGUCCGAUCAGUAACAGUCACUAGACGCACGUCGAGGGACGCCGCAUGUACCAUGGUCAUAGGCAGAGACACUGGAAACAUGGGACCUACAUGUGUUAGAGCGAGUGGAGUAACUUGCUCUCAAGCUGUAAUAUCUUGGCUUCCAGCUAACUCAAACCACCAACACGUCGUGUGCGUCAAUAAUGUCGAGGUCCGAACUGUGAAGCCGGGUGUUUAUCGACAUACAAUAACGGGUUUGUCCCCAAGCACACAGUAUCGAGUUACAGUCAGAGCUAAGCAUUUACGAGCAGGUCCACCAGGAGUACCUAUUGAAGAAGCACCUGGAGCUUACACUGAUUUUAGAACAUUACCUAAAGGCCUGCCGGAUCCACCAAACGAAAUAAUGGUGGAGGCCGGGCCACAGGAUGGCACUCUACUGGUGACGUGGCAACCCGUGCUGCGGCCACCCGCCUCCGGGCCCGUCACCGGCUAUGCGGUAUACGCUGACGGCAAGAAGGUCACCGACGUCGAUUCCCCCACCGGAGAUCAUGCUCUCAUCGACAUCGGCAAAUUGAUCGGCCUCAAUCCCAAAUGCGUUACCGUGAGAACCAAGUCUCGGGACAGUCAAUCUAGUGACAGUGCUCCAACACCGAUACCACCAGCUGUGCUUCGAGGAGUGGCAUCUAGGGUGCCACGUGGCCAAGGUCAAGGUCCGACUCCAGGUCCAAAUCAGCCAACUCCCGGUUUCAGAAACCAAAGACCUCAGCCAUAUCAACAACACCAGCAAGUUAUCGAACACGACGAAAAUCUGUCGGAUAAGGAAAUUUUUCCAACAACAAAUCGCCAUGAGGGUCAAGCAGCUCAGCCUACGAGCGGAUUCGGCACAGGCCUUCUAAAGAGUAUAUUCGACAAAAUAACCCCUUCGCAAUCGGGGAUACCGGCCAUCGAAAUCACUAAAGAGGGAGCCGUGGAGGCGAGUAGCGAGGACGAGGAACCACGCCGCCGCCCGCAGCAGCAGCCGUCCCAACCUGCUCAAGCGUCGCAACCGCCUUCGGGUCAGCAGUACCCGAAUACACAAGCCUACCAUGGCACGCAGCAACCCCCCUAUCAACAGGGAGGCCAGUUCCCAAGUAAUCAGCCAAACCAAUAUCCCGGCCAACCGCAGCAGUACCAGAACCCUCCACCCCGAAAUCAUCAUGAAAGAGGGCGCCCUCCAAAUCCUCACCAGCCAGUACAACAACCGCCUAUGCAACAAGGCCCUAUGCAGCAAUAUGGUCCACGAGGAGGUCCUCCAAUGGCUCCUAGAGGCCCCCAACCUGGUCAUCGUCCUCCACAAGGACACCCUCAAUCUAAAAGAAGUAGAUUUUUCAUCGCUCUUUUUGACUAUGAUCCGGCUACUAUGAGUCCAAAUCCCGAGAGCUGCGAAGAAGAAUUGCCCUUCAGCGAAGGAGACACGAUAAAGGUUUGGGGUGACAAGGACGCAGAUGGAUUUUAUUGGGGUGAAUGUCGUGGCCGACGGGGCUAUGUACCUCACAAUAUGGUAGUGGAAGUUUCUGAACAGGAAGCCACCGGUCAGGCCGCAGCCAAGCCUCGGGAUCGUUGGACGGAAGCGUACGCUAACCAGCCCGUGCGAAGAAUGGUUGCCUUGUACGACUACGAUCCUCAGGAGCUCAGCCCUAAUGUCGAUGCUGAUGCGGAGCUGAGUUUUCAAACCGGUCAAAUUAUCCACGUUUAUGGAGAAAUGGACGACGAUGGUUUCUAUAUGGCAGAGAUCGACGGUGUCAAGGGUCUAGUGCCCAGCAACUUCCUCACGGAUGCUAAUGACAAUUAUGGACCACCGGGACAAAGUAGCCAAGGUAUGGUGGGCGGCGGCAGAACCGGUAUUCCGGGUACAAGUAUGCCUGUUGGGGGCCAAGGCCGUGGGCGAGGGGUACCACCCGGCCCUGGGGCUCGCGGUCCUCCUCCCCCACCUCGUGAAAACGUAGCCCCUGCACCCAGGAACCAUCAUCGCAAAACAGAUGCCUGCCCUCUUCCCCCUUCUCAGUUAGACCACAACACAUGCGCCAGUAUUCCAGAACAGGCGAAUUCUCAGGGGAGGGGGAGAGGCGCGGUGAGCGCUCCUCAGGUGAGCACGAUCGCGCGCACGAGCGCUGGUAAUGUGAGCACGCCGACCGUGCAGUCUCCAGGAUCGGCAGCCAUUACCGGCAUGCCGCCCAUCGGCACAACGACAGCCGUCAGCACGUCGCCAGCCCGUCGAGGCGGGCCAGCUGUCGUGCCAGCACCCACCGCUCAGCCAACGACACAAGCCCCGCCUCCUACCAGUCAGCCCAACCUCAUGCAGAAGUUCUCCGAGAUGACUGCCCCCGGUGGUGACAUUCUCAGCAAAGGGAAGGAGCUCAUCUUCAUGAAGUUCGGACUCGGUGGGAAAUAA